AUGACAUUGGCCGCGUUGACAAGUAACCCCCUAUAUCGUAUGCUGUUCAAAGCGCCUCAACUGCACGGCUUUAUGAAACGUGAUCAAUCUACCGCCAGGCUCCGCCCUAUCGCACUCUGGCACGCCGCAGAAGAAGACGGAAAACAGCGCCGAGCAGACGAUGAUGCUGGCCAAAAGCUGAAACCGAUUCUGGUCUGCGGCAGCGCUUCGAAUGGCGCCGUUGAGGAGAUGGAGAAGGGUGAAAAUUUGACCAAAACGACCAGACAUGUCAUGAUCAGCUCCCUGAUCAGCGCCGCGUACGAACCCCACGGCGACAACGAACGGGUUCCGCGUGCCGAGCGCCUUGACGCAGACGGCGCCGUAGUGGGACACAAAGGCCGGGCCCGUCGCCUGCUGGAAGAAGGGACACACCGACGGCGAUGGCGCCAAUUCGAAGCCGACGUCGACAUUCCAACAACCGUCAAAGACAGCUCUAUGGAACCACAACCGUGGUAA